AUGGUGAGAGUUCCAUGUUACCAUAUGGAGGGGGUAAAGAAGGGUCCAUGGAGUACAGAAGAGGACGACAAACUCCUCCAAUACAUACAUAAGCAUGGCCCUGGUAGUUGGCAUAAGCUUCCAAAACUUGCAGGCUUAUCGAGAUGUGGGAAAAGUUGCAGGCUACGUUGGAUGAACUAUUUGCAACCAAAUAUAAAGCGGGGGAAAUUUUCUGAAGAAGAAGAAAGGAUGAUACUGUUCUACCAUGGCAGGCUUGGAAACAAGUGGUCAGAAAUAGCGAAGAAUCUGCCAGGACGAACAGACAAUGACAUAAAAAACCAUUGGAAUACCCGUCUCAAGAAAAGAUUCAGAUACACAAUCCCACACAUGCCUUUUAAUCCUGCAUUAUCUUUAUAUUUUUCUGCUCUCAAUGCCCAAGCAAGAAUGGGCAGAAAUUUGUUGAACCUUGCUCUCACUAGAGAUUUUAACGUUGGCCUUAAUUUACUAAGCUCUCCAUUCCAAUCCAAUGACAUGGUAACAAGUUCCAUGUUACCAAAUUUUGUUGUUCACCAACAAUCUGAGCAUCCACCAUCAUAUAAUACACAAAGUUCAGAUGAGCAUUUUAUAAAAGAAGAUGAAGCGAUGCCAUAUUCAACAGCUUUAAGUGCUCAAAUUCUCAAUCAAACUGGUAGUAAUAAAUUGCUGCCAAAAGAAGAUGAAUCUGAUUUGCUCUGUAAUUGGGUAUCAAGUGCAUACAAUGGGUUUGAUGAAGCAGCAUCAGAUGUUUCUUCUUCUCCUUUGCUAUGCACAAAUGUCCAUGCAGCAUCAAGUCCAGAGGAGAUUUGGUGUAAUUUUACAGAUUUUUCAGGUGAUCCCAAGGAAGUACUAAGAAGUCCAGCGUCCACAGAUUUCAUGGGUAUGGAAGAUGACAAUUACUACUGGAGGAAUAUGUUAAACUUCGCGGACAAUAGCUCUGCAGCAACGAAAAAUUUCAUCACAGACUACUAA